AUGAGUGCUCAUGUGGCCAUUCUUUGCAGACCUCUCCUGUCUCGUUCUCUCCCCGACAUCAAGCUCUUCGGGAAGUGGAGCACCGACAACGUGCAGAUCAACAUUUCGCUGCAGGACUACAUUGCCGUGAAAGAGAAGUACGCCAAGUACUUGACCCAUACUGCAGUCGGCUAUGCCGCCAAGUGCUUCCACAAGGUACAGUGCCCCAUCGUGGAGUGCCUCACCAACUCCAUGCUGAUGCAUGGCUGCAACAAUGGGAAGAAGCUCAUGACUGUCCGCAUCGUCAAGCAUGCCUUCGAGAUCAUCCACUUGCUCACGGGCGAGAACCCCCUGCAGGUCCUGGUGAAUGCCAUCAUCAACAGUGGCCCCCGGGAAGACUCAACCCGCACUGGGCGAGCCAGGACUGUGAGACAGCAGGCCGUGGAUGUGUCCCCUCUGCGCCGCGUGAAUCAGGCCAUCUGGCUGCUGUGCACAGGGGCCCGGGAGGCCGCCUUCCGGAACAUCAAGACCAUUGCCGAGUGCCUGGCUGACAAGCUCAUCAACGCUGCCAAGGGCUCUUCCAACUCCUACUCCAUCAAGAAGAAGGAGGAGCUGGAGCGUAUGGCCAAGUCUAACCGUUGAUCACCAGACUGCAGCCCCAAU